ACGCAAAAAAAAAAAAACAAUCAAAAAAAAUAAAAAUGGAAACAUCGCGUCUUUGAUCUCUAAACUGGACUAUAGUUUUCACAUUACGUCAUGUUCCUCUGUCGGACCGAAGUAGACAAUGAAGUUAUGGGAUAGUCUGACCACUUGCUUCAUCCUGCUGAGCGCCGUGCACGCCAACCCUCUGCUCCGGGUGCGCGCUUCAGAGAGUCCUCCUGACAGCCCGCCGGUCCGGACCAGCGGGUCCGUCUCCGCCGCUGCGGACACACCACACGUUAAGACGGACGACCAGGAAGCGACGUCGGCCGAGGAACAAUAUGAUAUUGAGGAGGUCCUCCCAGAGCAUUUUGAGAACGUGGUGGAUUUCAUCAAAGUGACCAUCAGCAGAAUACGACGGUCCUCCUCCUCUGUCCUCUCCUCCUCAUCCUCCUCCUCCAAAAUCAACCUGGAUUCCAAGACCCGACACAAAAGAGAGAGGAAGAAGUUGGUGAGCCAGAGGGGCAGGGGAGGAGGAGCCAAAAGAGAACAGAAAGGGAGGAAGGGUAGACGAGAAGGAGGUAGCACCAGUGGUGGACGAGGGCAGGGCUGCAUGCUAAAGCAGAUCCACCUCAAUGUGUCGGACCUGGGUCUGGGCUACCGUUCCGAUGAGGAAAUGAUAUUCAGGUACUGCUCUGGACCCUGCAGGAAGUCUGAGACCAACUAUGACAAAAUCCUAAACAAUCUCACCCAGAGCAGGAAGAUUUUUUCUAAAGACACGCCCCCUCAUGCUUGCUGUCGACCAAUAGCAUUUGACGAUGACCUCUCCUUUCUGGACAACAACCUCAUCUACCACACUGUGAGGAAACACUCCGCCAGGAAAUGUGGUUGUGUGUAAUAAGCGGGAGCUGGUGAUGAGCUCUGUAUGACUCUUGUAUUUGCUGUCACUUAAAAAUGA